CCCAAAGAUAGGUGUAUUUUGGAAGUUGCUGCUUGGUACCGUAACCUGCUUGUCCUUCGCCUUGCCUGUGUUAUCGGAUAGGACAUCUUGUUCAGACUGGUACGGCCUAAAUUACACUUUGCCCAUGUCCCACAAGUGUGAGAUGAAGCGACUCCAGGAUGGCAGCAUGGUGCAGAGCAUCCCCAAACUCAUUCCUUUUCCUUCUGUCAUCGGCGGGUGCCACCAAAGGAAGAGUAAAGAAGGGAUCCCGGGCGGGCAUAGAAUAUGCAGAAUCCCGUAUUGUGACGAAAACCUCUGUAACAACGGCUGGUGUGAAGAGACUAUGGUAGGCUACAACUGUACCUGCUCAAGUGGGUUUCAAGGGAGACACUGCGAUGAAAUGAUCAUACAGUCAACGACGGAAGCGACGACCAAGCCUACGAUGAGCCCUACGACUACGAUAUCGGAACGCUCAGACACAACGACUUCCCAAACCACCACUACCACGAGUUUGUCGACAAACCUCCCUUGUGAAUUCUAG